AUGCUUCACAUCCGCUCCGUGGAGUCUUCCUCUCGCUCUGCCGCCUGUGACCUGCCCAACAAUCGUAAAGUGCUGUGGCCUGGGUGUUUAGCCUGGGUGUUUGGCCUGGGUGUUUGGCCUGGGUGUUUGGCCUGGGUGUUUGGCCUGUUUGGCCUGGGUGUUUGGCUUGGGUGUUUGGCCUGGGUGUUUGGCUUGGGUGUUUGGCCUGGGUGUUUGGCCUGGGUGUUUAGCCUGGGUGUUUGGCCUGGGUGUUUGGCCUGGAUGUUUGGCCCGGGUGUUUAG